AUGUCGCUCUUAUCGGUGCCUUCUCGAACUUUCGCAGCGGAAAUGGAGUCCAACGAGUCUUACACGGCGGAUUCCCCGAUGGAGCUAAGAAAGAAAUUGGAGGAUCCUUCAGAAUCUGACUCUGCUGAGAAGCCAACGCACAUUCGAUUCCUUGUAUCCAAAGCAUUAGCUGGUUCUUUGAUGGGAAAAGGUGGCUCGACGAUCACUGAGUUUCAGGCAAACUCCGGUGCUCGAAUCCUGGUCUCACGUAAUGGACAAUAUUUCCCAGGAACGACUGACAGAAUUGUUGUGAUAUCUGGCACGAGUAAAGAAGUCUACACUGCAGUGGGACUUGUUCUUGGUAAAUUGCACAAUGAGCUUCAAGCUGAGUAUGGUAGUGAUGUUGAGCUUAGGAGAACGAGAAUUGUUGUUCCACACAGUUCCGCUGGAUGCAUCAUUGGAAAAGGAGGAGCCAUCAUCAAGUCCAUUACUGAAUACUCCAAGGUUGGCAUUAAGAUAUCUCCUAUGGAUAAUACCUACUUUGGGUUGAGUGAUAGGCUACUGACAUUGUCUGGAACCAUGGAGGUGCAGAUGCGCGCAAUAGAUUUGAUUUUGAAUAAGCUUACGGAGGAUGAUUAUUACUCCCAGCAAGUGCGUUCUCCCAAUUCAUAUGCAGCUUUUAGGCAUGUUGAGAUCUGCCAUAGAGAGUUAGUAGAAGGUCAACCUAUUGCUAAGGUGUAUUAA